GGCUACAUAACUUAGCUAGCAGCCUUACCUAUCAGUCACUUCUAUUCAGGAAUAACAACAUGAACGAGAGACAAAAUGAUUUUAUUUGGUUUUCCGCUCGAUGUGCAGUUGCGUUUUAAGAAAAAGAUGGAGACCAUCCAUUUGCUUUUAGUAUUUUAGCUGUUAAGCGUUUUGCUGAGUCCAUUUUGCGUGUAACUGGAAGUGGAAAAGACAAAGAGAAAAGAGCUUUCCAAUAGCUAGAAUGGUUUGGGCCUAAAAAGAAGACAAGAGCAACAUGAACCGUGAGGACCGGAAUGUGCUCCGAAUGAAAGAAAGAGAAAGGAGAAAUCAAGAAAUCCAGCAGGGAGGAGGAGGAGAGGCCUUUCCAGCGAAUUCCCCUCUCUUUCCUGAACCCUACAAAGUGUCCAGCAAGGAAGAUAAACUGUCCAGCCGUAUUCAGAGCAUGCUGGGCAAUUACGACGAGAUGAAAGAGCCGAUUGGUGACACACUUCCAAAGCUUGGCGGUAAACCUUCUAACAGCUCGUCUUCCUCCGAGGAGAAAUCGGGCCCACCUUUGUUUGGCGGGGAUCAGCGUGGUGUGGGUAGCGGUGGCAGCAGCCAGAGCAGUAAGUGGACUCCCGUGGGCCCUGCAGCAGGUGGAUCUUCAUCCGGGUCCCAGAAACGCUCUGGACUCCAGGGCGGGCACGGCAGCCAGAGGGGCAACGGAGGCAGCAGUGGCAGCAGCAGUAGCCAAAGACACGGAGGGGAGGUGCGGGAAAAGAAGUCUAGUAAACACAGUGGAGGGUCAGAGCACUCAAAGUCACACACAUCGAGUCCGGCCAAGGGCUCUCUGAGUUCCUCCAGCAGCAACAGCCACUUGCGAAGCUCCUUGUCUGCCGAGCAGCAUCACAGCAAGGAGCGCUAUCGCUCCAAGUCCCCGCGAGACAAAGAGGCCAACUGGGACUCACCCUCACGGGUUCACACCUCCUUCCCCAGUGGACAGCACUCGAGUCAGACUUUUCCCCCAUCUCUCAUGUCCAAGAUCGGCUCCAUGCAGCAGAAGCCCACAGCGUAUGUGCGGCCUAUGGACGGCCAGGAAACGGCAGAAACAAAGAGCUCACAAGCAGAAAGCUACAGUGGACAGUCGCACAGCAGCACCAUGGGAGAGAUGAAGUCCAACAGCAAGGCCUCACUUUCCAAACUUAAGAUCCCCUCACAGCCUGUAGAGGGAUCCGGCGACGCCAACUGUGUCGAUGAGAUUCUUAAGGAAAUGACUCAGUCAUGGCCCCCGCCGCUGACAGCCAUCCACACCCCCUGCAAAACAGAACCCUCCAAGUUUCCAUUCCCCACCAAGGACUCUCACCCUUUUCCAAGUGGACACAAGCGAGGCAGUUCUUCCAAGAGCUCCAGCAGCCACCAGCCCAAAGCUUGCGAUGACCAGCCCACUAUGCUGGAAGAUGACCUGAAGCUAAGCAGCAGCGAGGACAGUGAUGGUGAACAGGACUCAGCCAAGAAUGCCUCAAGGAACACAUCAGCAAGCAAUAACAGUGAAGGAGCGGAGCAAUCGAGGGAUGACUCGAGCAGCCACAGCGGCUCAGAGAGCAGCUCGGGCUCCGACAGCGAGAGCGAAAGCAGCACGACAGACAGCGAAGCCAAUGAGCAGCCGCGGCCGGCCUCUCCUGAGCCUGAACAACCCAUGGCCAACAAGUGGCAGCUGGACAAUUGGUUCAAGAAGGCCAAGCAGUUCUCCCCAGCCUCUCCAGUGGACAAUAAUGUUCCAACCAAGUGCAAGAAAGAGGGCAGAGAUAACGGGUCAGGGCGCAGCUAUGGUAGCCAGGGAGGGGGAUCAAAAGACUCAACGGCACCCACCCCAAGCAGGGACCUACGGGCAGCGCAAAAGGGUGCAGAAGGUGGCCGUGGUCGCCAAAAAUCCCCCGCCCAGAGUGAUGGUGGCACAAAUCCGCGAAGAAGUGUGGGUAAAAAACAGCCUAAAAAGUCUGAGAAACCCCCAGUGGUGGAGGAACCUAAGGGAGGUCUGAGAGUGGAGAGUGAGCCGGCUCCCGAGAUACCUCCUCAUCGGCCCAAAGCUGCUACUAAGGGUUCCCGCAAACCAAGCAUUAAAAAAGAACCUAAAUCCUCUCCAAGGCCCACCGUGCCGGCUGUCACGGCCACUGCAGAUAAACGCAAGGCCAAGGCACCCACCAAGACUUCCCAGAAGUCUCGUGAGUUUGUUGAUACAGACUCCUCAUCGUCAGACUCUGAGGGGAAUGACAGCAUUCCGUCCUCGUCACAGACACCCAAGUACACAGAGAGCAUCAGGACCCCCGUGUGUGUGUUUUCUCCAAUGGAAGACAAAGAGCUGUUGUCUCCACUCAGCGACCCUGAGGAGCGCUACCCCGCAAGGCAGCCUCAGCAGCAGGUUUUACUAGUAAAGAUAGAUCUCAGCCUGCUGUCUAGGAUCCCAGGGCGGCCCUACAAGGAGCCUGUAGAGAUAAAAGUGGAGAGGGACGACUCUCUAGACCAGGACAGCAAAGACUUCAGCAAGCAGACCACUGAGAAGAGCUCUAGUAAGGCCAAGAGGAAACACAAGAACGACGAAGAAGGCACAAAGCCAGAGAGCAAGCGAUGCAAGCUGGAGAAGUCCCUGUCUCAUCAUAAAAACAGCAGUAAAGAGUCUAAGAGAUCUUUGGAGAAGAAAGAAGAGCCAGUCCCCUCUCCUUCCAUGUCAGGCCUUCAGCGGACGCCCAAGGCAGAGCACCCGAGUCGGAAGAGGACAGUCAGCCAGUCCUCUACCUCUUUGUCCAGUGGGACAGGAAGUGGAAAGGAGGGAAGCCACAGCACCAAGGGCAACUCUACCUCCAAACACAGAAAAGGAGAGGAAAAGGGACGCAGCACACGAGAUGGCAAGGAGAAAUCCUCAAAGGGCUGUGAUAACCAGCUGGCUGUGCCUCCGCUCUCCACGGACGGCUCUAAGUCUCAGAGAUCCAAGCUGGUGUUUGAGGACAGGGUCCAUUCAGCAGAUCACUACUUACAAGAAGCCAAGAAACUUAAACACAAUGCUGAUGCACUGGUUUUGAGCAUGAUGUCCAAAAAAAACAAAAAACAAAACAUAAAUGCUUUUGUUACCGGGUCGCUGAAAGAUGAACAGAAGUUGGAUCGUUUCGAGAAGGCCGUUUACUACCUGGACGCCGUGGUGUCUUUUAUUGAAUGUGGUAAUGCCCUGGAGAAGAGCGCCCAAGAGGCCAAGUCUCCAUUCCCCAUGUAUGCUGAAACGGUGGAGCUUAUUAAAUACACUAUGAAGUUAAAAAGCUAUAUGGCCCCAGAUGCUACUUCAGCCGACAAGAGACUAGCUGUGCUCUGCCUACGAUGCCAGUCUCUCCUCUACCUGCGGUUAUUCAAGCUGAGGAAAGACAGUGCACUAAAAUACUCCAAAACACUCACCGAACACUUAAAGAAUUCUCUGAGUAACACCCAGGCUCCCUCUCCUGGAAUGGGAAACAAGGCAGCAGGUAUGCCCUCUCCAGUGUCUCCCAAACUGUCACCUGGCACGGCCGGUGGCUACUCGUCAGUCAGCAGCAGCAGCAGCACCAGCUCGUCUGUGACCAUACCUCAGCGUAUCCACCAGAUGGCUGCCAGCUACGUCCAGGUCACCUCCAACUUCCUGUACGCCACCGAGGUCUGGGACCAGGCUGAGCAACUGUCCAAGGAGCAGAAAGAGUUCUUCUUGGAGUUGGACAAGGUGAUGGGUCCUCUGAUCUUCAACACCAGCAGCAUGACAGAACUGGUGCGUUACACACGCCAGGGCCUCCACUGGCUGCGCCUGGACGCAAAGCUUAUUCCCUAGCGAGGAAUCUCUGCCUGCGCACUGCUUCCACUCUCACACACCCACCCCCGCCCCCUCCCACAAACACAGCCACACCUCAGCCUCUUGUGUUCAGCAACAUGUGCUCAAAGACACAAGUAUGCCCUCACAGACAGACACACAAUUAUGUACUGUAUGCACACACAGUCCACCUCUGGUCCUCCAUGUACACACACACACACACACACACACACACACACACACACACACACACACACACACACACACACACACACACACACGAUGAACUUCUCAGACAUAUUUUCAACACUGUGUCCAUUUCCUACACCAGCUUGCCAAAAACACUGAGCAAUUUAGAGCAUCUCACAACGUCGACAGCACCACACAGGGAGAAGGAUCGGAACUGCAGCACAGGAACAAAAAAAAAAGCUUAUUGCCGCGCGUCAUAUAUCGGCAUUCUUACAAAAUCUUUGAAGGCCAUGUUUCUAUCUAUUUGGCAUGGAAGUGCUGGGUGAAUUAUUUGAUGAAUACACUUAAAAAUGGGUUUUUUUUGUUGUUUUUUUUUUUUAGGCUACUUUGGCUUUUAACUUUUUCUUUUACUUUGUUUCACCAAAGUACCUCCCAUAAACACCAAAGGUGCUUUAAAACGAAGGUUUCUCUUUAUCAUUUGUGUGCCUUGUAUGUGAGCUACAGGAAAACAAACACAUCAUAUCUGAAUAAUUGUUUUAUUUUCCCUGUAUUUUUUUUUUUUUCUGUCGCUGAAACUCAUCCAAUGCAUUUUUAAACAUUUAGCAGUUAAUGGAAUCUGGACAACAAUUUUUUUUUUAUUUCAGUUUUAAGUCUAAGCAUUUGACUUUUAGACAUUAGAUGAGCUGCUAUGUUACGCCAUCUUGAUUUUGAUCUUUCCUUCAAUGUCUAUUCGCGAAAGGUUAAUCUUGGAGCAUGCCCACAUGAUUUAAAGACUGUAGGAAGGGCUACUGUGCACAGCAGAUUAAUACUUCUGACACACACACAUUUCCAGAGGCAUGAGCUUCUUUCAGCCCUGCUAGAAAAUCAAAUUUUGGUGAGUUUGUUCAAACCACUCUGGUCCGGUUUGAUGCAAGGAGCAGCAUAGUCUCUAGGGGCUGCUAGAGAAGGGAUUUUAAUCUCUUGGACUUAAUAAUAAAAUUGAUCAUAUUAACGUUCUCUCUAAGAGAUUUGCUGUCUUUGAAGCUCCAGAGUACAAGUCUCUUCCUAUGAAAUGUUUUUACACAUUGUUUGCUGAGAAGUUUUCUCUAGGAUGAGUCACUUCCAGACAGUGUUAUUCUUUUUUUGAUCCCCUUGUUUGCUGAGAGAGUAUUUUUCUAUGGAUCAGCAGGGAGUGUCUUAAGUAUUGAAGUCGUCUCCUCGUAUACAAUGCAGUUAUUCACAUUGCAGUUUAUAAAAGCUGGGCCUGAGUGACCACUAAUUUGGCACAACAAAAGCAAAUUUGUCUGAAAGGAAAGUUCUUUAGAGAGUUAGUCAUCAAUGAUGCAGAUUAGCAGUGUUGCAUUUAUAGAAUAGAGUUUAAAUCUAUGAUUAUAUAUUUCAAAAAAAAAGAAGUAUAACGGCCAAUAAAGAUUUUAUUUAUAUACCAAGCUCUUUUUUUUUUUUUUUUCCCUCCUUUUUUGGCCAAGAAGUAUAACUUUUCAAAUGCAUACUUGUAAAACAGGGUUGAACAAGGGUUAUAAGAUGCAAAGUAUUUGUAUAUCUAACUGUUCCUAUUUAAAUUUUAAAAUCUUAAUCAUACUUACAUUACACGACGUAGCUAAGAUAUGUGUUAGCCACAUGUUGUUAAUGUGGUACAGGAGGCGGGGUAAAGACGACAGAGUAACGGCAUGUGCCAGCUGUCCAGAUAUGAACAUUUCUGUUGGAUAUUUAAUAUUACUGGUUGUCAUGAAGGGAAAUGUGGAUGGCCGUGGUUUUGAAUGAAGAUGUUAACAUUUCACCCAAGAUUUCAGUUGACAUUUGGGUGUUAAUCUUCAGUGUCAUGAAGGACUAUGCUUUUUUUUGUCUGCAUUUGUUUUUAUUUAUUUUUUUUUUAGCACACUUCCUACUAAAACAUGCUGGAAAUAUUUUAAACCUGGGCCAAAUAGCAUUCAUGGAAACUUUUUAUUGGUUGAUUUUUGUUUUAAUUUAUGGCCAAUGAGUUUGCUAAAGCGUAGAAGUACCAGAAAAUUCAUGACUUUUCGUAGUCUGUAACUUUCUGGCACUUUUCUUCUAUUUUCAAACAGAAGUUUGGUGUAUUGUCCAUCUUAAACCUUUUUUAAUCUCAAGACAAAUCUUAAGAAUUACUAUUUGGCCCAUGUUUGACCUUUUUGUGUGUUUUCUGUAUUUUAUUUUUUUCCUUCACUGGCUCCCUGGCCUUUAUUGUAGGAGGGGAUACUGUUAUUUCCUCUUGCACUUGAAAAAAGAGAAAGUCAGCGGAGGUAUUAUUUUAAUCUAUGCAGGAUUUUUACAAAAAAGAUCUGAUUUUUAGGCUUGGGAUUUUUCCCCCC